AUGGGUCAGUUGGAAACAAUCAUCGGGUCGGUGGUGGUAUCGGGUACAGCAUUUGCAGCAUACGUUCUUAUGAUGGUGGCCGAGCACACCAAGCCCCAAAUACCAGAGGACUGCACCUCCGCGCCUGCUGCCUGCGGCGUUUCACCGGGUCCGACAGUGGGCCUUGGGAUUGCCGCCAUCGUCUGCUGCUUCCUCUCAGCGUUCUUCGCCCAGGUGGCCGUUCGAGGACCCCACACGGCAUACCUAUCGAUGAGCAAGGCGUUUGUGAAGCACCACCGGUGGGGGGUAUCCGUCUGGUACUGCCUCGCAUGGUGCUUCACGCUCGUGCCCGUGUGCUACAGCUCUUAUCUAGUCUGGGAGCAGUCAACAGGCAGCGGGGCAGUUCCGGUGGGGCUGUUUGCGGGCAUGGGGCUCAUCAUGCUGUGCUCGGGAGUGCUGUGGGUGGGCUUCGUGGCAAUGAACUUCAAUGCGGAUAGACUCAUUCUUGCAGGAGUGGAGGACGAGGAUGAGGAUACGGGUAUUGCAGGUGUGGCGGGUGUGGGAUUCGUUGCCAUGAACUUCAACGCGGAUAGGCUCAUUCUCAGCGGCGUGGAGGACGAAGAUGAGGAUGUGAGUAUGAUGCAGCAUGUGCGCAUAGUGCAUGGAUGGGAGAUGGGUAUUGGAGGUGUGGCUUCGUAG